UUAAGAUGGAAUGAUAUGAAUACUUAUGUUAUCGUUAGCAGUUUGCACUUCUCAUAGUUUGUGUCGACCUAGUAGUUGUGUUUUCCGUAAUUAAUGUAUACAAUAGGUAUAAUAAUAAUUAAAUGAACUGACCUAAAAAAUUUAUGCUUGUAUAAAUUCGAUAUUUACGAACUACCUUUUCAUACAGUUUACAUGUAUCAAAGUUAAAAGAACCGGUCGUGUGAAACUAGUAAGUGAAUGGCAGGCGACAUUUUACGUGUGUAUUACUUACCCUACCAGAUUCCUUUCACUUUUCUAUAUCGCAUGCGAUCGGCGUUUUGAUAACAUAUCUUUUUAGUGAAGUUACUUUCAUGUCUAUCAAUAGCCAAGUUCAAAAGUCCAAUCUCGAGUACGAAGAUUUUAACAUGCUUCGUGGACUGAGAUUAUCUUCCUUGAAGAGUUGCCUUUUAGAACCAUAUGCAAGUUCUUUUCAUGUAAAACGCAAUUACACAUCAACAAAACCUUCAAGUAAGGUGCAAAGUUUACCAAGGCUACCAGUGCCGAAACUUGGAGACACCCUCAGUAAAUAUCUGAAAACAGUCCAACCCUUUUUAAAUGAUGCAGAAUUUAAUACAACUUGUAAUCUUGUCAAAGAAUUUGAAAGUGGUAUGGGGCAAAAAUUACAGAGUCUCUUAGAAAAGAGAGCUGAACAACAUGAAAACUGGCUUGAAAAUUGGUGGCUUAAUACAGCAUACUUAGAGUAUCGUGACCCUGUUGUAGUAUUUUCUAGCCCAGGCCUAGUUUUUCCUUUCCGUAAAUUUAACAACCAACAAGACCAAUUAAAGUAUGCAGCCAAAACCUUAUUAGCUGCCUUAGAUUAUAAGGCUUUAAUAGACAAUGAUAAAAUUCCAGUUGAAAUGAUGGGAAAAAGUCCCCUGGAUAUGUCACAAUAUAAAAAGAUAUUUGGGACUUGCCGCAUACCAGUUGAAAAACGAGACAAAUUAUCUUUCAAUGAUUCUAAACAUGUAACUGUAAUACAUAAUAACCAUAUUUUCCGUGUCGAACUUUGGGGCAAUGACGGCAAACGUUUAAAUGAAGAUCAAAUUGCUCAAAUUUUAAAGAAAGUAGUGGAUUCGUCGUCAUCUACAGCUAGUGAUGCAAUUGGUAUUCUCACCUCCGAAAAUAGAGAUAACUGGGCAAAGGCUUAUCAGCUGCUUAGUAAAGAUAAAGUGAACAGAGAUUCGCUAUUGGAUGUCGAGACGAGCCUGGCGGUGCUGUGCCUGGACGGCGCGACGGGUGUGUGGCGCCUGCAGGACGACGCGCGCCGCACGCUGGCCGCCGCGCAGACCAUACACGGCGGCGGCUCGCGCAGCAACGGCGCCAACCGCUGGUUCGACAAGACUGUACAGUUCAUCGUCGGAGCUGACGGCAUCACAGGCCUCACGUACGAACAUUCCCCAGCUGAAGGACAACCGAUAGCUGUACUAACUGAUUUCAUUAUUAAGUAUAUAGAGCAAGAUAAACCAGUUGAAACGUCGUCUUCGAGUCCGAAGGAUCCAAUCCGACUAACAUUCAACGUUAACGGAGAAGUUGCGGAGAUGAUAGCGACAGCAAAAUCUAACUUGGACAAGUUAGUUGCGGAUCUAGACUUAAAUUGCUUCAAGUUCGACAGAUACGGCAAGAACUUCAUCAAGUCGCACAAAAUGAGCCCUGACAGCUAUCUCCAGAUGGCUAUGCAAUACGCUUUUUACAAACUACACGGCACGCCGGGCGCUCACUACGAGUCCGCCGCGACGCGCAUGUACGCGGGCGGGCGCACGGAGACCAUCCGCUCGUGCUCGCCGGAGUCCGUGCAGUUCGCGCGCGCCAUGCUCGACGCGCGCGCCGCGCCGCGCGACAAGCUCGCCGCCAUGCACGGCGCUGUCAAGGCUCACAAGGACUACACCGUGCAGGCAUUACAAGGUUUUGGUGUCGACAGACAUUUACUGGGAUUGAAGUUGACAGCGAUCGAAAAUGGAAUCGAAUUACCGAAAAUAUAUUCCGACCAAGGAUACAUGCGCAGCGCUCACAUGAGAAUUUCCACGAGCCAGGUGGCGUGCAGGUGCGACGGCUUCAUGUGCUACGGGCCGCUGGUGGCUGAUGGGUACGCGACGUGCUACAACCCGCGCGACAACGACGUCAACUUCGCCACCGCGGCCUUCGCGGCGCACCCCGACACCGCCAGCGCGAACUACCGCGCCGCGCUGGAGCACGCGCUCGCGGACAUGCACGACGUGCUGCUGCGCGCCACGCAAAGCAAGCUCUGAGCGCACUAUCGCUGUGGUGACGGGCUCGCUUGCAUUCUCUUUUUUAAAGUACUACUUUAAUAACGUAAGAGGUUUAUAAAUUGUUAAUAAACUAUACCGAAGACUAAGUGUUAUAUUGUAAAUAUAUUACAUUCAAGAAAGAUACCAACAUAUUUGAAGAAAAAACAUUCUACAAUAUAUUUUAUAAAUUUUGUGAGUUUGCUAUAUAUUUUAUUAAAUAAUUUUAUAUUAUACAUUUAAAAAUAUGGUAUGUCUGCGAAAAUCGGCAAAUGAAACGACAAAAAAAAUACCACUUUAUGUAUUUUAAUCAGAAAACAUGAUCGUCCCUGGUUUUAUUUUCGUGACCAUAAAUACCAAAAUAAAAUAUUUCCUAUUAAAACAUUGUGUAUGUAUUUAAGUUGAUUCAACAAGUUUUAUUUAUAUAAUUUCAAUAAAGCGCAUAUAUUUUGUUUUAAGUAAAAAUAUAUAAAUUAACUGCUUUUCUUAAAUUAUUCUACGAGCAAACCACUUCCAACAAAAUAAUUAAUUAGAAAGUAGACAGACAAUUACUCAAUUAAAAAAAAAAUGUAUAUUAAGCCUGCCUUUAUACAAAAUAUAUUUGUCUUGUGCAAUAAAGUAUUAAAAAAAAAUAAUCAAAAACUAUUAUUUUUUUUCUACUUACAUUUAGAAAGUAGGAAUUAUUUCUGGCUACUGAAUGGAAAACAAUUUGAUUCCAUAUUUCGAUAAGAGUAUUCAUGAUUCAUAAGUAAGCCUUUUGUUUGUUGUAAGAAAUAAAACGGGUUUAUACUUGAUAGUCUAUAAUAUGAUGUAAUAAAAUAAAACUUAAAUUGCAAUAAAUUAUAAUUCAUUUGAUUAAAAAUAACAUAUUUAACAUUUAUUCAAUUACUUAAGAUACAAAAGCAAUAGAAACAUCAGAAGACAACAUUAAUUUAUUAACAAUAGUAUUCUCAGAUUUACCUCACAAAAUAUAUAGUGACAUUAUUUGAUACGCUUAUUCAAACAAUUAACAAAAUAUUAAACCAUAUCCGCCGAUAUGACAAAUUUUCACUUAGAAUAGAAAACAGAACAAAAAGUAAUCACUAUCGGAACAUGUGAAAAAGGUAUUGUUUGCACAUAAAAUUAACCCUCAUCUGCACCUAUUGGUUCGUUGUC